CGCAGUCUCUCUGUCUCUGUAUGUCUCACUCACUCUCUCUCUCUCUCUCUCUCUCUCUCUCUCUCUCUCUCUGGAUUUCUCUAUCCAUCAAAGAUGGAGAAUGAUAAUCAGCCAUUGCUAUCUCUAAGAGAAGAAGAGCAAAGUCUGAGGCCAAACACUUCUUCUUUCUCAUCCUUCGUUGCCGAUGCCGACGACAUAGCGCCGAUCACCGGAGUACGAGAUUUCUUCAGAGAAACGUUGGUGGAGUCGAAAAAACUGUGGUACCUGGCCGGUCCGGCUAUCUUCACAUCUAUUUGUCAGUACUCUCUCGGAGCUAUCACUCAAACCUUCGCUGGCCAUGUCGGAACUCUUGACCUCGCCGCCGUCUCUAUCGAAAACUCCGUCAUCGCCGGUUUCUCUUUCGGCGUCAUGCUGGGAAUGGGAAGUGCACUAGAAACACUAUGUGGGCAAGCAUUCGGAGCAGGACAAAUAGACAUGUUGGGAGUAUACAUGCAGAGAUCAUGGGUCAUACUCAACUCCACAGCCUUCGUCCUCAUGUUUCUUUACAUAUUCGCCACCCCUCUCCUCAAACUCAUCGGCCAAACCACCGAAAUCUCCGAAGCCGCCGGCACUUUCGCGGUCUGGAUGAUUCCCCAACUCUACGCCUACGCGGUCAAUUUCCCGACCGCCAAAUUUCUGCAGGCGCAGAGCAAAAUCAUGGCCAUGGCGGUGAUCGCCGCCGUGGUCUUUAUUUUGCAUACUGUGUUUAGUUGGCUUUUUAUGCUUAAAUUGGGUUGGGGACUUGUCGGUGCCGCCAUUGUUUUGAACUUCUCGUGGUGGUUUAUAGUGGUGGCCCAACUUGUUUAUAUCUUUUGUGGGACUUGUGGCCGAGCUUGGACUGGUUUUUCUCGGAAGGCUUUUGAGAAUCUUUGGGGCUUCGUCAAGUUAUCACUUGCUUCAGCUGUAAUGCUUUGCUUAGAAGUGUGGUAUUUCAUGGCAUUAAUCCUCUUCGCCGGAUACUUGAAGAAUGCAGAAAUUUCAGUGGAUGCUUUAUCAAUAUGCAUGAACAUAUUAGGGUGGACAGUCAUGGUAGCUCUGGGAUGCAAUGCGGCCAUAAGUGUAAGGGUGUCAAAUGAACUCGGGGCAGCGCAUCCAAGAACGGCAAAAUUUGCAGUGGUGGUGGUGGUGUUAAAUUCAUUUGCGAUUGGUGUUGUGCUCUCACUCAUUCUCAUCCUCACUAGGAAGGAGUAUCCAUCCUUGUUUACAGACAGUACUGAUGUGAAAGAACUUGUUUAUGAGCUCACUCCCUUGUUGGCUGCUUGCAUUGUUAUCAACAAUGUUCAACCUGUUCUCUCAGGGGUGGCCAUUGGAGCAGGAUGGCAAGCUGUUGUUGCCUAUGUGAAUAUUGCAUGCUACUAUAUAUUUGGUAUUCCUUUGGGUCUCAUUUUGGGUUACAAACUCGACAUGGGUGUCAAGGGGAUUUGGUAUGGAAUGAUGUCAGGAACAAUAGUACAAACUUGUGUCCUGUUUUGGAUGAUUUACCGAACCAAUUGGAAUAAAGAGGCUUCUAUUGCUGGGAAUCGAAUAAAACAAUGGGGUGGAGAAUCGGACAUUAGAGAGAACGAUAUUGAGAAAUGAAGUCAAAUUUUAAAUUGUAUUAAAUUGUGAGCAGUAGUCACAAAUUUUUAAGAAAAUUCAAUUUAAUAUUAUUGGCAAAUUUUGUUCUUCUCAUAAAGCCAAUUUCGGGAGCUUCUUUUUACACACACUAAAUCCUCUCUCCACACACACUUAAUGAAGGAGGUGUGUGGGAAGUGUAGAGAGGGGAGAUGUGUAGAAAGUGUGUUGUGUGUGUGUAAAUAGAAGCUCCCGCCAAUUUCUCAUUAGAAUUCGGGAUUGUACCAAUUUGCCAUAACAAUAGAAAACUUAUUACGAAAA